GACCUAUUCGCGUCCGACGUUCGUGGAAGGCUUGGUCACCCGCACCCAGGGCAGGUCGCCGCCGCCGUCACGCAUCACGUGUAGAAUAGAGGGCUGGGCGAUUGGAGGGCCGAGCGGAAUCUUCCAUCCUUGCCUACGCCCGUCAUGGUCAAGAAAGCAAGCAUCCACUCCCUCCCAGUCGAGCUCCUCACCCGCAUCUUUGUUCUCGGCGCAAACUACGACUUCCCCUACCAUCACUCGCCUUUUCUACUCCGCCCGAACACAGAAUACUAUCCUGCACCAGCCUCCAAUUUUCAGCUCACCGUAUCCGCCGUCUGCUCGCACUGGAGAAGCAUUGCGCUCGCCACACCCUCCCUCUGGUCAUUCCUCUUCUUCCGCGAGCCGUCGCACAUCGACCGCGCGCAGGAGUACAUCGCACGCUGCGAGCAAUCAGGGUACAUCACUUUCGAUAUCCUCAUCGACACGGUGCAGGAGAAAUACCACAUACCCAACGUCACACUGUGCAGGGAGGAGAUAAAGCGCAUCUUCCAGCUUGUCUGUCCACACGCAGCGCGCUGGCGGUCCUUUCAUCUCAAGGUCAGGGACAAGGAGUGCAAGCUCGCGGCUCGGCAUUAUCUCUCCAGAUGUGGGCCCGCACCCCAGCUGGAAACUCUACAGCUAUAUCACUUCGAAGAUUACGGGACCGCGCAAAACCUCUAUGACGCGACGUUCCGGCCACCAGUACCCAUCUUCGACAACAACCUGCCUCGACUACAGCAUGUGUCCAUGAUUGGUGUCAAUCUACCAUGGGCCACGUCGCCCUAUCUGCAGCAUCCCCUUACCUCUUUCGAGCUCGCCCUACACCCAAAUAACAUCCGCAUCCCGUACGAUCUCUGGGGCAAGGUCCUCAAGGCCGCCUCCCCGACGUUGCGCCGCCUCACCCUCCACUACAGCGGUCCCAAAUCCGCCGGCACGAACCCGGACCUCGUGUGGCGCCCGCCAAACGAGAAGAUCCUGAUGCCGGCUCUCGAGGAGCUCUGCGUGAUCGACCUCGAUCCCGAGUACGCCUGCCUCAUUCUCGAGCGGAUGACCUGCCCCCGCGUACGCGUCAUGCACGUCGAGCUCGCCGAUCAGAAUUUCGCGCCCCUCAUGCGCUUGAUAUCCGGGCUACAUAACUCGGCUUCCUCCACGACGCCCAACCCGAUCACGGGCCUGCCGCCAGAGCGCAUGCCGGCGUCGUCCGAGUACAUCCUCAAAGGGCUCCACACGUUCCGUAUCGCCGCGCUACAGUGCACCCGCAGCUCCUGCAUGCUCCUCCUGCUGCAGAAGAGCGCGAACGUGCGCGUGCUGGAUAUAGACUUCGAGCGGGCUAUCGUCAAGGACCCGGAGAACGGCAGGACCGUGUACGAGCUCCUGAAGAUGGGUUUUAGUUGGCCGCCCGAGUCGCCGGCCAAGGGGAAAGGCAAGGAGCCCGAGACGGAGGAACUGCCGCGCACGCUGCUGUUCCCCAACCUCGAGGAGUUCCGCAUGAACGCGACGGGCCAGCAGCUGAAGGGGCUUAUCGAGGCCCGUGUCUACCAUACGGACAUACGGUGGGCGGUCAAGUACCGCCCGCGCGCGCGUGUCACCGAUCCGCUGCUGGCAUGUAUAGUGGAUAACGGGCUGGCGCUCCCCGACGGGAGGGUGGUCACGGUGUCGACGUUCCGCUACGAGGAGGAGGAGGAAGAGGAAGAAGACGAGGACGACGUGGAGGAGAGCGCGAGCGCGACGUCGAGCGGGUCGUCUGUGGUGUCGUAUGCGUCGAUAUCGUCGGCAGCUGAGCGCGAGUUGGCGGUGCAGCUCCGUUUGGCGCAAUGAACAAUGUUUGAGGGGACUCAAUGUCGAUAAUCUAUUUGCUCAUCUGUAUACCUAGGGACAAUCGUGUACUUUUUUGCUGGACACCUUUUCUUCUGCCACACGUGUUGCUUUGAUACGGACUCUGGCAGACUGUGUUCCUUUCCUGUACUUCCCUUUACUUCUCUAUGCUUUCAUGGAUGACACCGGCGUACAGUGUGUAGCGGUAUCCUUGGUCUGACCGCAUUGUUAUGCUUCCUCCUUGUCUUGUCGCUCCUCGCUGUCUAAUAUGCAGCACAAAUGGUAUAUGAUUUUUUGACUGGUCAUAAGCCAGUGUGCAAUGU